GUGAAUACACACUGAGAUCAGCCCACAAAAGUAACGCUCAUAAAAGCUGAUGAUUUUGGAACUGGCUAAUCGGGAGCACGGCCCAAGAUGAGGAAAAGCAUAACCUGACAUGCUAGAUGGAUUCACCAGUGAGGAACAUGGAAAUGGGUGGCUCCAUCUGCUUUGCAAGUUUCCACACAGGAGUCAUGUCUGAGUACAAGCUGGAGGUGACAACAGGUGACAUGAAACAUGCAGGAACAUUGGAUAACAUUUAUGUCACUUUAUUUGGAACUGAAGGGCAGAGUGAGAGAACCAAGCUGGACAACUUUGGUAUCGACUUCAGGACCGGGAAAGCUGGGACCUACACUGUGAAAACUACUUCAUCUCUUGGGAAACUCCUUCUGGUCAAGGUGGAGAAAGACCCUUUUUUAAUUUUCUCAGAAGACGAGUGGUUCUGCUCCAAAAUAGAGGCGACGACCCCAGAGGGGGACACUCUUCUUUUCCCCUGUUACAGAUGGAUCUCCAGAGGGGAGCUGGUGGAGCUGAGAGGAGGGAAAGCCAUGAAGGUUUGUGAGGAUGACCACCCUCUGUUGACUGAGCACCGAAAAAAGGAACUUGCAUCAAAAAAGAGCUUCUACCAAUGGACCAUUUUGGCUGAAGAGCUGUCCAACAUCAGCCACUUCAGGAGUCUGUCUGAGCUCCCAUCUGAGGUCCAUUUCUCUGCAUCCAAAUCAGCUGAAUUAGCCAACACAAGAAAUGUCACGGGCCUUGAACUAAAAAUCAAGGGGCUGCUUGGAUCAAAUGAAAAAUGGGAAAGCAUUGACGACAUGAAGCAUAUCUUCUGGUUCAAAAAGACAACAAUGUCAGAGUAUGUUGCAGAACACUGGAAGGAAGACGACUUCUUUGGCUUCCAGUUCUUGAAUGCCGUCAACCCCAAUGUGAUUAAAAGCUGCUCAGAGCUUCCCCGAAACUUUCCUGUUACAGAUGAGAUGGUGAAGCCAUUCCUGGAGCAGGGAAGCUCUCUGCAGACAGAAAUUGAGAAAGGCAAAAUAUUCCUGUAUGACCAGAGGAUAAUGGAGGGAAUACAAACCAGAGAGCAUAAUGGUGAACCCCUGCAUGUGACUGCAGGUCUCUGUUUACUUUAUUUGAAUCCAGAAAACAAACUGAUGCCCAUUGCAAUACAGCUGCAUCAACAACCCUCAGAUCAGAACCCCAUCUUUCUGCCCAGUGACUCAGAGACAGACUGGCUGCUCGCAAAGAUGUUUAUCAGAAAUGCAGAUGCGCUCGAUCACCAAGUGAUUCAGCACCUCAUGAAGACUCACUUACUAGCAGAAGUCUAUACAGUGGCUACUCUCCGCAGCCUCCCUGUCAUUCAUCCCAUCUAUAAGCUGCUGUUUCCACACUUCCGGUACACUCUCCACAUAAACACUGGAGCUCGAACAUCUCUCUUUGGACGUAACGGGGCCUUAAGUAUUAGUUCACCUGGAUACAACGGGCUGGUAGGGCUCAUGAGGAAGGCUCUGUCUGAGCUGACCUACAGUUCCCUCUGUCUGCCAGAAAACAUCGCCGCACGAGGCCUGGAGUCCAUCCCCAACUUUUACUACAGAGACGACGGCAUGAAGCUGUGGAACAUCAUCAACAGCUUUGUUCAGGCAGUUGUGGGGCACUAUUACCCCUCAGACAGCGAGGUCAAGAAGGACUCGGAGCUGCAGGACUGGAUCAGUGAGAUAUUCACACAUGGUGUCUUAGGAAACAGAGCCUCAGGGUUUCCAUCAUGCUUUAAUACUGUUGAAGAGGUGAUCAGGUUCAUCACCAUGGUGAUCUUCACAGCAACAGCUCAACAUGCUGCAGUCAAUAAUGGGCAGUAUGACUACAACUCCUGGAUGCCCAAUGGCUCACUCUUGCUGCACAAACCUCCUCCGACCACUAAGGGGCAGUCAAGCAUGCAGACCAUUCUGGAGACCCUCCCAGAUGUUGGAGAGACAGCCACCUUUGCUGCAAUACUGUGGCUGCUGUCAGAAAAAUAUACAGAUGAGGUUCCUUUGGGAACGUACCCUGAAGAACGAUUUGAUGAGCCUGUGGUUAAGCGGAUGAUUAAAGAAUUUCAGGCAGAGCUGUCCUACAUGAGUGAGGAGAUAACAGAAAGAAACUCAAAGCUUGAAAUACCGUACACAUAUCUGAACCCUAAACAGAUAGAGAACAGUAUUGCUAUUUAGUGCCAAUGUAACGUUCAUCACCUGUUGCAUCAGGGGAGGUGUUUUACUAGGAAAUCUCUAUGUACAACAGGUAAAGUGUUUUAGACUGAAAGCGAGACGUAGCACGGUAGUGCAAGAAGACAAGUUUGGUUAUGAUAAAUACUGGGCAGCAUCUUUUCUGAUACCUCUGGUCC